AAGACACACAGUGCACAUGCGCAGUUCACUCCCUGCUCCAAAGGGAAUCAUCGAGCUCCUUCAUCGCUCCCGAGUACCGACCUUUUUCCCUGUUCAUGAACUGGAUUCAAUCGUUUUGCUAUCCUCGUAAUGGACUCUCAGAAAGAUGCCUUACAGAGGAUAAUCGCCACAUUAGCAAACAAAAAUGAGGAGCUCCAUAAUUUCAUUGAAACGCUGAAUCACACUUUAGAUCGGGUUCAGGUCAACUCUACACAGGUGGUGUCGGAUUUGGAGGAGGAAUUCGACACGCUGUACUCUAUUCUGGAUGAGAUGAAGGAGAGCAUGACGAGUACCAUCAAACAGGAGUCGCUCCGCAAAUCACACGAGCUGCAGAACCAGCUGACCCAGAGCACCAGUGCAUUAGAGAGCGCAGAAGAGCUGCUGGAGUUUGCCAAUAAUGCGCUGCACAUCUCAGACGAGGCCGAGUUCAGUAAGGCUGCCAAACAGAUCAAAGAUAGGGUGACGAUGGCUCCUGCUUUCCGCUUGACCAUGAAGCCCAAAGCCACAGAUAAUAUGACGCACAUGAUGGUGGAUUUCAGCCAGGAGAGACAGACUCUGCAGGCCCUCAAGUUCCUCCCAGUGCCGCGAGCUCCAGAGAUCAUGCUCAUAGACUGUGUGGUGAUGGACAACGAGGUGACGGUCAGCUGGAAAAUGCCAAUGGAGGACAACAAGAUUGACCAUUACAUCUUAGAGUACAGAAAAACCAACCACGAGGGUCUGCCGCGCGUAAAAGACGAGCAGUGCUGGGAGAAACUGGACAACAUCAGGACCACCGAACACACACUACAAGGGUUAAGAUUCGACUCCAAAUUCAUGAACUUCCGGGUACGAGCCUGUAACAAAGCAGCCGCUGGAGAUUAUUCAGACCCGGUCACAUUAGAAACCAGAGCGUUUAACUUCAGCUUUGACUCCUCGUCGUCUCAUCUGAACCUGAAGGUGGAGGAGCAAAGCGUUGAAUGGGAUCCGCAGGCGGGAAAAGCAUUGGACAGCAAAGGCAAGGGGAAGGAGAACAAGGGCAGUGCACAUAUCACCAAUCUGAAGAAUAUGUCCAGAAGUGGAACUCCAUCCCCGAAACGGACAUCAGUGACCCGUUCACCAGCCCCCAGAGGAGCCAGAGAUCGCUUCACCGGAGAGUCCUACACAGUACUGGGUGACACCAGUAUAGAGUCCGGCCAGCAUUACUGGGAAGUGAAGCCUCAGAAAGACUGUAAGUCCUACAGCGUUGGUUUGGCCUACAGAAACCUGGGCAAGUUUGACCAGCUGGGCAAAACCUGCACCUCCUGGUGUAUCCACGUCAACAACUGGCUGCAAAACUCAUUCGCUGCAAAACACAACAACAAGGCCAAGAAUCUGGACGUGCCGGUGCCGGACAGCAUAGGAGUCUACUGCGACUUUGAUCGGGGCCAACUUGCUUUCUAUAAUGCUGAAAACAAACAAUUGCUGCAUAUGUUCAAGAUGAAGUUCACACAACCUGUUGUGCCAGCUUUCAUGGUAUGUUUUUAUACUUGUUAUAUGCACAUGUAAA